AGAGAAAGGGAGAGAGAGAGAAAGGGAGGGAGAGAGAGAGCAGACGCCCAACCACUCCGACCGUCUGAGUUUGUUGAAGCGCUUCACACACGAUGGACUUUCUACUGAGGAAGACAGCGAGGCUUUGCCUGUGGCUUGUGUUCUCCCUCCUCCUCUCCGCUGUGUCUGCAGAUCUUAUCGAGGUUCUUCUGGGAGACAGCGUUACGUUUCCAGCAACUAGAAACUGCAGCAAAGAAAACGCUGAACUGAUUCACCGGAGCUGCGAUAACAGCAAUCGGACGGUGGCACGUUAUCAGGACGGCGCGUGGAGCCCGGGGCCGGGCUACGAAGACAGGGUGGAUGAGGGCGACACGGUCACCUUGAUGAACACGAACAUCAUGGACAGCGGGCUGUAUGAGCUACCCGGCAGUGAGUGCGAUGAGACACCGACCGAAUUACAUGUUGUACCUUUCCAUGUAGUGCAGGCUGCUGAGGGACAAACGGUCAUGCUGCAGUGUCACUACCUCACAAAAACAAAUAAAAAGGUGGAGAGUGCGUGGUGGGAGAAAGACGGGAAACGUGUGUUUGGGACUAAUUUCCCCUCCGGUGAAAUCAAACCUGAAGCCGGGUUUGAGGGGAGAGUGUCUCUACUGGCUAAAGCCCUGGAACGUGGAGACUUCUCGGUGAUUGUCCGGCAGGUUCGGUCGGAGGAUGGAGGUGAUUACCGCUGCUAUGUCCAGGUUGGUGGACAGAAAGAGAGGGGGACUCCUGCAGCUACGAGACUGACUGUGAACGAGCUCACAGCGACGGGAUGGACGAGCUGCGAAGUCGCAGCAGGCGCUUCUGUGGUGGUCCUGGUCCUCCUGUGUGUGGCCUUUGGCUUUAUUUGCUACAUUAACAGAGUCAGGUCCAGGGUCGUUUAUAGACCCCCUGGGGACCCUGGCCAAGAGCUCUAAACUGAACAUUGUAC